GAUCAAUCAGCACCUUGUCACUUCUUCCUGACGAUCCUCAUCAGAGCUACUCGUCUCAUCACUCACCUUUGCGGCAGAUACACUCAUGGCGAGCCUCGCCUCUUCCUCGUCGAAGUGGCUGGUAUGCGCCCCACCCAAGCUCGUCGCUCCUGUGCACCGGCCUCUCGCUGCUACCGGUCGUGUGCAAGUCAGACUCGCAAGCUCGACACCUGCCAGAACACCACCACCCGCUCGUCCCUCCCCUGUGGCAGGUCCAAAGGGCAAUACUCCCCGGCCUGCUCCAGCCACCCCACGCUCCCCUUCCUCCCCCUCUAGUGCUCCACCGCCGCCUAAUGGCUCACAGCCGCUGGUAUUAUACGAAGGCCCACCUCAGCAGCGACCCGCCGUAUCCUGGUUCCUCUUCGGCUCCUUCUCCACAAUCGGCCUCAUCACAGGGUACAACGUCUCCCAGCACCUCGCCUGGCCCCUCUGGUCUCGCACAGAAGCCGAGCUAGUAGAGCCUCGUAAGCGAUACGUUGCUGGUCUCCUCGUAGCUAGCAUGUCCAUUGCUACUGCCUCGCUUUUCAAGUACGUGGCGAGCAAGAGCAUCACACGCAUUACCCUCUUUGAGCCUCCUGGCCGUGCGCCCAUGUUAAAGAUCGUUACAGCUACGCGGCCCAUCUUCCCUCGUGGCUUCUUUCGCAGAGCUGUUAGACCUUACAUCUCCGAAGGGCAUAGCCAGAAGGAGUUCACUGCUCCGCUGGAGAAUGUCCUCAGGAGGCAUGGGAGCGCAGUGGCCCAGGGCUGGGUCAAUGAGCGGACCGGUGGAGUGGAAAGGAGAUCGAUCACCAUCGACAUUGGAGGGGACGCAUAUCUUCUUGAAGGGUCUGGAGCAAAUCAGCCCGUGAGGGAAGGAAUGUCUCGGGUGGGAUAUGCCAUCACGCACUUCACCUGGAGGUUCAUCCGAGGCAGCCCUUCUGCUCCUUACUUCUGGUCAAGACAGGCCUUCGAUGAACUCAUACCUCAGGUUUCGGUCGAGGCUAGGAAGAAGAAAGCAAAGUGACGCAGGAAUCGAGGAAUAUAAGACAGGAUAAGCUACGAUGAUCUGGGAUCGGGUAUCGGCUUCUUGGCCGCCAGCGCUUUGGCCAGGGUAGCAUCGGCUUGCUGAGGGUGGGCGGUAGGUUGGGGAGAAGGGUGCCAUCAAGAAUGUAACAUUAGUCAUCGGUAUUCAGGAACAACAUCAGCAGCUGUUCGGAUCUCACCUUAAGCAUCUA